CGGCCAUAAAAACUGGCUCCCGCGUGCCACGGUCCGAGCAGCUCGCUGUGUGUCGCAAUCCACACACACACACACACGCACGCGCACACAGCAGGCACGAGGGGAGUGUGUGUUGUAUUUUUGGAGGGGAGUCGGGGGGAAGACGCACGCACGCGCGCGAGUUUGGACACAAAAUAAAGAGCGGGCAGAGAGAGACACGCACCGAGCGCGCGCUCGCUCGCCAGGAGAGGAGAGAAGUGAAGCUGAGCGCGAGACAACAGACCCACGACUAACAAACACACGAACAUCGCCACCAUGACGGAUUCCGAGCCCAGCGUAUGCCAGCUCCAGCCCAACAUCAUUUCUGUGCGUCUCUUCAAGCGCAAGAUUGGUGGACUGGGCUUCCUGGUGAAGCAGAGGGUCUGCAAACCCCCCGUCAUCAUCUCGGACCUGAUCCGGGGCGGAGCGGCGGAAGAGUGUGGCCUAGUGCAGGUGGGCGACAUCGUGCUGGCCGUCAACAACAAGCCGCUGGUGGACCUGAGCUACGAGCGAGCGCUGGAGACCCUGAAGAACGUCUCACCCGAAAGCCACGCUGUGCUGAUCCUGCGGGGUCCCGAGGGCUUCACCACACACCUGGAGACCACCCUGAGCGGAGACGGGAGACCCAGGACCGUCCGCAUCACCAAACCCGUGUCCAGGCCCUGCGAACGGUGCUCGCCCCUGCAGCCGGGAACACAGGCCAAAGAGCUGAGGGCCAUUGAGAACCUGUCGUCAGCUUCCACCCCCAAAAAAGAGGCCAAAGAUGCCAAGAACUCCCUGAUUGGACAGGACGCCCUGCUGAGGGAGGGGGGUGGCGGCCUGCUGCUGAAUGGAGUGGACGAUGGGAAUGACCUGCUAAAGGAGAUCGAGCCGGUUCUGAAGCUGAUCAAGAACAGCAACAGCAAGAAGGAGGUGAAUGGAGACGGACAGAGAGGGGUGGAGAAGAAGGACGUGGAAAUACAAGUGGAAAGAGACCUUGGUGUGGGAAUAGGCAGCAAUAUCCAGCUGGCCGCCGAUAACGACAGAGUGUUUGAUGACCUCUGGAGGAAGGACAACAUGCCCACGGUGCUCAACAACCCGUACUCCGAGAGCGACAAGCCACCGUCACAAGGCAGAUCAUCACCAACCAAGACUGUACAAAAUGGAAGUCCAACCAAAUGCCCCAGAUUCAUGAGGGUAAAGAACUGGGAGAGUGGGGCGGUGUUAAACGAUACCCUACACCACAACUCCAGCAAGGUGCCAAUUUGCAACGAGAGGGUGUGUAUAGGCUCUAUUAUGACGCCGAGCCAGAACCGAAAACCAGACGAAGUCCGAACCAAAGAAGAGCUGCUGCCGCUGGCCACAGACUUCAUCAACCAGUACUACACUUCAAUCAAAAGGUGUGGAUCUAAGGCGCAUGUGGAUCGACUGGAAGAGGUGAAGAAAGAGAUUGAAACUUCUGGAACGUACCAGCUCAAAGACACAGAGCUGAUAUAUGGAGCCAAACAUGCAUGGAGGAAUGCUGCCCGCUGUGUGGGAAGAAUCCAGUGGUCCAAACUACAGGUGUUUGAUGCCCGAGACUGCACCACAGCACACGGAAUGUUUAACUACAUCUGCAAUCACAUCAAAUACGCCACUAACAAGGGCAACCUCAGGUCAGCUAUCACCAUUUUCCCCCCGAGGACAGACGGGAAGCACGAUUUCCGAGUGUGGAACAGCCAGCUGAUCCGCUACGCCGGCUAUAAGCAGCCCGACGGCUCAGUGCUGGGAGACCCGGCGUCCGUGGAGCUCACCGAGAUCUGUAUACAGCAGGGAUGGAAGGCUCCAAAAGGGCGUUUCGAUGUCCUGCCUCUUCUGCUCCAGGCCAACGGCAAUGACCCAGAGCUGUUCGAGAUUCCAGAUGACCUCGUGCUGGAGGUCAACAUCACACACCCCAAGUUCGAGUGGUUUAAGGAGCUGAAUCUGAAGUGGUACGGUUUGCCGGCGGUCUCUAACAUGCUGCUGGAGAUCGGGGGGCUGGAGUUCACCGCCUGUCCGUUCAGCGGUUGGUACAUGGGCACGGAGAUUGGCGUCAGAGACUUCUGCGACAGCUCUCGCUACAACCUGCUGGAGGAAGUGGCCACCAUGAUGGGGCUGGACACCAGGAAAACGUCCUCGCUGUGGAAGGACCAGGCUCUGGUAGAGAUCAACAUCGCUGUGCUUUACAGUUACCAGGUCUCUAAGGUGACCAUCGUGGAUCAUCACUCAGCUACAGAGUCGUUUAUUAAGCACAUGGAGAACGAGUACAGGGUACGGGGCGGAUGCCCGGGUGACUGGGUGUGGAUCGUUCCUCCAAUGUCUGGAAGCAUCACGCCUGUCUUCCACCAGGAGAUGCUCAACUACAGACUCACUCCGUCCUUUGAGUAUCAGCCUGAUCCGUGGAACACUCAUGUGUGGAAAGGUGUGAACGGAACGCCCACCAAGAAACGAGCCAUCGGCUUCAAGAAACUUGCGAAGGCCGUGAAAUUCUCAGCCAAGCUGAUGGGUCAAGCCAUGGCGAAGCGAGUGAAGGCCACCAUCCUGUUCGCCACAGAGACGGGCAAAUCUCAGGACUACGCAAAGACCCUCUGUGAGAUCUUCAAGCACGCUUUUGAUGCCAAGGUCAUGUCGAUGGAGGAGUAUGACGUGGUGGAUCUGGAGCACGAGACGCUGGUGUUGGCGGUCACCAGCACGUUCGGAAACGGAGACCCACCGGAGAACGGCGAGAAAUUCGGUGCAGCGCUGAUGGAGAUGAGGCACCCCACCACCAGCGCAGAGGACAGAAAGAGUUACAAGGUUCGCUUUAACAGCGUCUCCUCGUACUCCGACACCCGGAAGUCCUCCAGCGAUGAACCCGAGUCUAAAGCCAACUUCGAGAGCACUGGACCUCUCGCUAACGUCAGGUUCUCAGUGUUUGGCCUUGGCUCGCGGGCCUACCCACACUUCUGCGCCUUUGCCCACGCAGUGGACACGCUGUUCGAGGAGCUCGGGGGGGAGCGCAUCCUCCGCAUGGGCGAGGGAGACGAACUCUGCGGCCAGGAGGAGUCCUUCAGAACCUGGGCCAAGAAAGUUUUUAAGGCUGCCUGCGACGUGUUCUGUGUAGGAGACGACGUGAACAUCGAGAAGGCGAACGAUUCGCUGAUUAGUAACGACCGCAGCUGGAAAAAGAGCAAGUUCCGCGUGACGUACACGGCCGAGGCUCCGGCGCUAACGCAAGCUCUCUACAACAUCCACAAGAAGAAGGUGUAUGGCGCCAAAGUCCUGAUGAGACAGAACCUUCAAAGCGUCAAAUCAAACCGAUGCACCAUAUACAUCCAGCUCCACGCCAACAACCACGAGAGUCUGAAAUACCUGCCUGGAGAUCACUUGGGCAUCUACCCUGGCAACUACGAGGACCUGGUGACGGCUCUCAUAGACAAGCUGGAGGAUGCGCCGCCUGCCAAUCAGAUCGUGAGGGUGGAGUUUCUGGAGGAGAGGAACACAGCGCUGGGUGUGAUCAGUAACUGGACGGAUGAGAGUCGUAUUCCUCCCUGCACCAUCCAUCAGGCCUUUAAAUACUUUCUGGACAUCACAACUCCACCCAGUCCACUCCUGCUCCAACAGUUCGCUCCUCUCGCCACCAACGAGAAACAGAGGAAGAGACUGGAGGUGCUCAGCAAGGGUCUGCAGGAGUAUGAGGAGUGGAAGUGGUAUAAUAACCCCACCAUGGUGGAGGUGUUGGAGGAGUUCCCGUCGCUGCAGGUUCCCUGCACCCUGCUCCUCACCCAGCUCCCCCUGCUCCAGCCCCGCUACUACUCCAUCAGCUCCUCCCCAGACCUCCAUCCAGGAGAGAUCCACCUCACCGUGGCUGUGGUCUCCUACCGUACCAGAGAUGGUGCAGGUCCCGUACACCACGGGGUGUGUUCCUCCUGGCUCAACAGUGUGGAAGCGGGAGACAUGGUGCCAUGCUUCGUCAGACGAGCUCCAUCGUUCCGGAUGCCGAAGGACAGUAGAGUUCCCUGUAUUCUGGUCGGGCCGGGAACAGGAAUCGCUCCAUUCAGAAGCUUCUGGCAACAGAGACUCUACGACCUGGAAAAUAAAGGGAUAAAGGCCUGUCCGAUGAUUUUAGUGUUCGGGUGUCGACAGUCUCAAAUGGACCACAUCUACAAAGAAGAGACCAUCCAGGCCAAGAACAAGGAGGUGUUUAAGGAGCUCUACACCGCUUACUCUCGAGAACCUGGAAGACCAAAGAAAUAUGUUCAGGAUGUUCUGCGGGAGCAGUUAUCUGAGACGGUGUAUAGGUGUUUGAGGGAGGAGGGGGGUCAUAUCUACGUCUGUGGGGACGUCACCAUGGCCGGAGACGUGCUGAAGACCGUCCAGCAGAUCGUCAAACUGCAAGGCAACAUGUCCCUGGAGGACGCGGGAUUCUACAUCAGCAAACUGAGGGAUGAGAAUCGCUACCAUGAAGACAUUUUCGGCGUGACUCUACGUACGUACGAGGUCACGAACCGGCUGCGGUCAGAAUCCAUCGCAUACAUCGAGGAAAGCAAGAAAGACUCAGACGAGGUGUUUUGUUCAUAGAGCCUCACUUUCAUACCUGCUUGUGGGUCUCACUCAAGCCAGAAGCAUGGACGGGACCCUCCAAAAAAAGAACGCAGCGGCUGUUUAAGAUAAAAAAAAACUGUUCCAAGUUUGUCUUAUCGGUUUCUUUCGUUGUAUUUUUUACUGUGUUUUUCGCUCUUCGCUCGUUUCGACUCCAAUCCCGCAUCUCUGUGGUCAGAAUCUGCACUUAAUGAGAUAGCCAGUAUUGUUUUAUUUAUUUCUGCGCUGCCAGUUUCGGAAUGCACUGUUCUUUUUUUAAUCUGAUGUACCUUAAGAUUAUCGACGUCACGCGAAGACCUUGUAUCUCCGUUUUCGCAGCUUUUUGAUUUUUAACACUGAAACUUUCGACCAAAUUCAUAAACAGUCAUAAAGAUCAGUUUUAUUGGUUGAUAAUAAAAACCAGCCAAUUACCAUAAUCCAUUCACACGAAUUACAAAUGAGCACUAUAUUAGGAAAAGCCUUAAUAUCUCUAUAAAAAGAUGAUAUUCUGCAACAAAAAAAUCUAUAUUUCAUUAAUCAAAGUCCAAAUCAGCACACUACAUUUUUUUUUUGUAUAUUUCUUGCUAACUUCAUACAGCUCUAGAAAAAAUCAAGAGACCACUUCAGUUUCUGAAUCAGUUUAUUUGAUUUUGCUAUUUAUAGGUUUAUGUUUGAGUAAAAUGAACAUUGUUGUUUUAUUCUAUAAACUACGGACAACAUUUCUCCAAAAUUCCAAAUAAAAAUAUUGUCAUUUAGAUCAUUUAUUUGCAGAAAAUGAGAAAUCGCUGAAAUAACAAAAAUACUAUAAAAAUAAUGCAAAGAAACAAGUUCAUAUUCAUAAAGUUUUAAAAGUUCAGAAAUCAAUAUUUGGUGGAACAACCCUGUUUGGUUUUUAAUCAUAGUUUUUUAUGCAUGUUGGCAUCAUGUUCUCCUCCACCAGUCUUACACACUGCUUUUGGAUAACUUUAUGCUGCUUCACUCCUGGUGCAAAAAUUCAAGCAGUUCAGUUUGGUUUGAUGGCUUGUGAUCAUCCAUCUUCCUCUUGAUUAUAUUCCAGAGGUUUUAAAUUUGAU